AUGGCAGAAACUGGUGCUGCUCUUUCUAUUAUUCUCAAGAGACUCUUCUCCGCUGCCUAUCGCAAAUAUGGCCAAGGAAGUGGUAAUGACCUUGUUUAUCUACACCUUGUUCUCGUCAAGCUUAUUAUAUUAAUACGAAAGGUGAACACGGAUCAUCCUACGGUAACCCAGUUUGUCCUUAAACAAAGCUUCCACGAGGCUUAUCCCAAAAAGGAUUACCCUAACGACCAACUACCAAACAUGAAAUAUCCCAACUUCGCGCUCUCUAAUCUCGUCAUCCGAAACUAA